UUGAUCAUAAGUUAAAAAGUUAUUAAAUACAUUUCACUCGAGUCGAUUUAAUCUACAUCCAUCGGCUACGGUCGUGUCAGUUUAGCAUGGCUUACCAAGAGAAUAACAACAUCCGGGCGUUGUACUAUCAGAGCGUUGAAGAACUUUCUGAACCGAUCGACACGAAGAUUACAGGCAAUAUCCCGACAUGGAUCAAAGGCACGCUACUUCGAAAUGGUCCUGGAAAAUUUGAGAUUGGAAGCAGCUCUUAUCGUCAUAUUUUCGACGGCUUAGCUUUGUUACAACAGUUUGUGAUUGACAAUGGAAAUGUUACUUAUUUCAAUAAAUUUCUACGCAGUCAAACAUACAAGAAGAACAUGAAAGCCGGAAUGAUCGUCGAGUCGGAAUUCGGAACUCUCGGUGUUCCUGAUCCUUGCAAGAACAUCUUUGCGCGAUGGUUUUCCUAUUUCUUUCUUGGCGGAGAUUUCAGCGACAACGCCUCCGUUAAUUUUUACUGUAUCAAAGGAAAGAUUUAUGCAACAACAGAAAGCCCGAUCAUCACAGAAAUUGAUCCCAGUAAUCUUGAAUGUCUUGACAGAGUAAAUCUAUCUGAUGCUUUUCAAGGUGCGAUUAAAAAAUAUUUGCUCGCGACUGCUCAUCCGCAUGAAGAUGAUGACGGUUCUGUCUAUAACCUGGGACUUGGUUAUGACAAAGAGAAAGGCCUCGCGCACCUGAUUACAUUAUUACCAGCAAGUACUGAAGAUACGAAGAGCGAGCAAGCCCCGAGCGAAGGAAAAAUAGUCGCGAAAAUACCAGCAUCAUUCCAGUACUCGUACAGCCACAGUUUUGGUAUGACUCAGAAAUACUUCAUCGUCAUUCAACAACCUAUGACUGUGAAUGUGUGGAAACUUGCAGUCUCACGUUUCGUCGGUUGGAACAUCGCCGAUGUUUUUUCGUGGAAUGAUCAAAUGGGAGUAGAAUUCGUGGUAAUAUCUCGUGAGAGUGGCGAAGUUGUUCUCACCAUAAAGUCGGAGCCGUUUUUCUUCUUCCAUACCGUAAAUGCGUAUGAUGAUGGUAACGAGAUUGUUUUUGAUGUUUGUUGUUACUCCGAUGUUGAUUUCUUUCAUAAUCUUUAUCUGCAAGAAGUUCGAGAGGGUGUCUCCUCAAAAAAGGGUUCCAUGGCUCAGUUACGGAGAUAUCGCUUGCCCAUUAACUUAGAAGCAUCAGAGACUACACUGCAGAAAAAGCCAUCAGGAUUAGAUUACGAGGUCUUAUCUGACAUUUGUCUUGAGUUACCACGCAUUAAUGAAAAGUACGCCAGAUUAUGUCAUCGCUAUGUAUACGGUACAUGCGCUGGAGAAGACUACACGGAUAAUAUAAUAAUACACAAGCUUGUUAAAGUUGAUGUUGAAACCAAGGAAAGUCUGAUUUGGAGUGAAGACCAAUGUCUGGUAUCAGAACCCGUGUUUAUUCCAGCCCCAGAUAGUCAAGAAGAAGAUGAUGGUGUGGUGAUGUCUUCUGUUUAUGAUCCUGUCAAAGAUAACUCGUUCUUGUUAGUUCUUGAUGCCCGUUCGUUUACGGAGCUCGCGAGAGCUGUGGUACCAUUUAGAUUUGCACCUUCCUUUCAUGGACGAUAUUUUUCAUGAGCAGUUGACUUGUACGUUACGGGUAUUACCAAUAACUCUAAAAUUUAGUCUGCUAUAUAAAGGAUGGUAGUUAGGAAGGACUGUUUUUGUUCUUGUGUUUUUCUAUUCAGCAUAAAAUAAUAGUAUACUAUAGACAUAGGUUGAAUCUAGGGCCUAUUUACAUGGAGCUUGUUAUACCGGCUAUGCGAGGUAAAAAGCGCUUCACGUGCAUCAAAGGCUUAACCUGAUUUGUCUUUCAUUAUAUGCAGUUUUCACUUCGCCUAGUCGGGAUAACUCGCUCCAUGUAAACAGGCCUUAGUUUCCACGGAGAACAUGUGCUAGUGAUUGAUAAAUCAUUUCUACGAUCGAUCUUUGUCCGGUGUGGAAUAAUUAUGAUUUGGUCGGUUAUUAUGCAUGUGUUGUCGAAGAAAAAUUACAUAAAUUUUGUAAAUUACGCUGAUUGAUCAAUACAACCACAGUGACACAACUACUAUAAAGACCGCGCGAAAAACGUCUGUGCGUGCAUGCGUCAAACAUGCGUAAAUAUUGUUUUAAGAUUAAUAUUGAAUAAAAGUGUAAUUGCAUAAAAUGAUCAGUAUAUUAGAUUAGAGCUGUGAACAAUUAGAAAUAAAUUCAGACGAUAAAUACUGAUAUAGAAAUACCAGCAUUGGGUAAUC